AUGCUUGGUGUCCAAAGUGUUUGUCUAAAAGCCUCAAUUAGAGAUUCUUGUAACGCACGGCUCCAUUUUGGAUCCCUAAGCUCAAAAGCUGGGCGCCAUGGCUCUGACAAUUCACGCGACGAGUGGAAACAAAAUGCUCUCAAAGCAUUGAUUGCUGCAGAGUAUAGUGAUGUCAAAGUAGAGUUGGCAAAGGAUUUUCAGAUGGGAGUUACCAACAAGACUCCCGAGUUCCUGAAAAUGAAUCCCCUUGGGAAGAUUCCUAUUCUUAAAACCCCAGAGGGGCCUGUGUUCAAGAGUAUAGCUAUUGCUUGUUAUGUUAAAAAGUUGAAGGCUAAUAAUCCGCUUUUUGGCUCAACUCUCAUUGAACAUGGCAAAAUUGAACAAUGGAUUUAUUUUGCUACCACUGAGAUUGAUGCUAACACAGGUCAAUGGCUAUAUCCCCGGCUUGGUUAUCAAGUUUACCUUCCUCCGGCUGAGGAAGCUGCAAUCACUGCUUUGAAAAGGGCACCUGGGGCUUUGAAUACCCAUCUCGCUUCUCGCACUUUCUUGGUUGGAGACACUGUCGCAUUGUCAGAUGAUAUUAUUACUUGCAAAUAUGCAUUUGGGAAAAUGUUGGUGAUUGGUAUCCCAAAAUUCGUGCUCGAUGAGUGCUACAACAUGGAGUUGUAUGAGUGGAAGGAGGUUGACAUCAACGAUGAAGCACAGAAAGUGCGUGUGAAUCAGAUGAUUGAGGAUGCUGAGCCUUUCGAGGGUGAAGCACUACUACUGGAUGCCAAGUGCUUCAAGUAA